ACAUCAUGGAUUAAUGAAGAGUGUUUGUUGUACCAAGAUCCACGCAGCACCGCCAAACGACAUAAGUGGUUACAUAAAGACUAUGCCGCGCCGCAGACCAUUGGACUUCACGGUCUAAAGAAAUCUUGGAUGUGGAAUGGCGUGAUCGAUUUGUUCUUUGGUAACAAUCAGUUCACAGAUUAA